AAGUUGUCAUAACAGAAGCAAACAGGGAAGUGGGUAGAAGUUUUUGUACCACUUUAGUUUUUGACGUGUGUUACUUCUUUUUUUUAAAAAAAGGACUCUUAAAACUAUGGGUUCUUCUCAAAGUGUAUUUACUGAACAGGAGCUGGAAGAGUAUCAGGAGCUUACAUACUUCACUAAAAAGGAGAUACUGCAUGUUCAUAAAUGCUACAGACAACUUGACCCAGCAUCUGUUGACACGGACAGAAAUGCAAAAUUGCCAAUUGAGAAAAUCAGAGAUAUUUCUGAGCUGAAGGUGAACCCCUUCAGUGACAGGAUCUGUAAGGUGUUCUCUUCUAGUGGAGAUGGACAGAUGACAUUUGAGGAUUUUCUUGACAUGAUGUCUGUGUUCAGUGAUGCUGCUCCCAAAUCUGUCAAAGUGGAAUAUGCCUUCAGAAUCUAUGACUUUGAUGAGGAUGACAUGAUCUCAGAAGAAGAUGUGAAGGAAGUUGUGAACCGCCUGACCGGAGACCAAAGACUCUCGGAUGAUCAGCUGAACCAGCUGGUCAAAAAUAUAUUUGAUGAAGCUGAUCUUGAUGCCGAUGACUCCUUGUCUUUUGCGGAAUUUGAGCAUGUCAUCUCAAAAGCUCCCGAUUUUGUGAACUCCUUUCGAAUUCGCCUGUAAACAAGACUGGAUCACAUAUCACAGGAGACUACAUAUGACCAAAGACGAAUUUUUUCUUUUUUUUGACAGCAGAUACUUGCUUACAUGUCUAUAAUCAUGUUUGUUGUGAACUCUUGAUCUGCAUAAUUAGAGUAUUAUCUAUGCAUUUCUGCUUUCUUCUUUUGAGAAAGUUCCCAAAGUAAUGCGUCUUUCAAAAUAACCAAAGUAUUGUAACUAUUAUUCAAUGGUUCAGGAUGGCCUGAUAGUAAAACCCAAUGUUUAAUUGGCAUCUGUAUGUCUCAUGCUAUUUCUACUGCUUCAAAGGAUACCAAAAUAAUUCUACACACACACUGAUUUCACAACUGAGGUAUUCUCUGAAGACAGUUACAGAUUCGUGUAAGGUUGUGGAUAACUUAGACAUCACAUUUUUUAUUUUAUGUAGUGUGUCACAUUUUAAAUGGGUGCCUACAUAUGUUUUCAUGUAAUGUGACAUGUUUUAGAUGGGUGCCGACAUAUGUUUGCAUGUAAUGUGACACGUUUUAGAAGGAUGCCUACAUGUGUUUUCAUGUAAUGCAACACGUUUUAUAAGGGUGCCUACAUAUGUUUUUAUUUAAUGUGACAUGUUUUAGAUAGUUGUAUACAUAUGUUUUAAUAUAAUGUGGUAAACAUUUUAGAUGCACAUUUUCAUAGUUUUCAUUUAAUAUAGCAGGUUUUAUAUGCAUGCAAUUGUAUACAACCAGAAAUUAAUAUUUUCAUUUAAUGUUGCAUACAUUUUAAAUUCAUCACACAAUGACAGCAAUUUUCCUCUACACAUUUAUUAGAUAAAGGGUAUUUGCUUUAAUUUAACCAGAAAGACUAAUGAAAAGGUAUGUGAAAAUUAUCUCUUUUCUAAAGCAAUUGAUGCAAGAAAAAAUAAGAUUUUUUUUGUUUUUUUACCUUAAGUGUAAAAUAGUUUGGUUAGACUGAUUACUUGAAACUGCAUUUUUGCAAUAAAAUUCGGUUUAGGCUUUUUCACAGUCUGUAUUUUACCAAAAACAACAUAUUCCUUCAUGUAAGGGUCUACUGUGUUUUCCAUCGAAUGCAUAGAAAGCCAGUUAGGCUUUGUUGUGUGUUUAGGAGGGAUAACUAUACUAGCUAUCUCUAGCGGGCCCAGGGGAAUGAUCAUGGUUAUCCGGGGCUAGAGCUGUGGGCUUCUGUCCCAUACAUCAUUAGUCCAAACAUGGUCACCUAGCCACACUGUGUAGGCGUUUCCAUGGAUUCUUAAUGUCUUGCACUGGGAAAGUUUGAAGGGGAGAUUUUGUUUCUGUAUCCCUAUAGAUCACGUGACCUAUAGAAUCAGUAUUUUUGCUCCAGCUUCGGAAGUCUGGAAAUACAUUAAGUUGUUUAAAUGAUUUCUUGUGUUCAUUUUUUGCUCUAGGUGGGAUCUUAUUUGAUAAUUUUUACUUAGUUCAAAACUUUGAAAUUAAUCUCCAGUUGCGUUUUUGUUUUCAUCAGUAUUAAAAUGGAUUGAGGCACUGAGCAGUAAGCUGUUGAAAGUGUGUUUGAUGUGAAAAUAGGCUUAUAUAGAUUUCAAUGUAUUUGAUGUUUAUUUUUCUAGAAAUCCUACAUAUCCUGUUGUUACCUGUUGUACUUUAAAAAAUUGUUUUCUGGGACCUAAGUAUUUCAGAUCGGGGUUAAGUUUUGGUAGUGUCGAAAUGUCAGGGAAUUGUCUGUUACAGUUUUAGUUACAGACUACAUUAAGUUACGUCACCGUAUAUUAAGUCGUGCAAGGACCGCUAUGAAAACACUAGCGGCACGAAAGAGGUUCUGUCAAUGUUUGAUUUUGAUGAGGCAAUAAUUAAGCUGGUUCUGUUCGACAUGACGCUUUCAUUGCAUGGUUACCUCCCUUUGAGGAUAACAGCCUGCAACUUUUUGGUAUAUACGCAAGGUUGGCAGAAUUUUCAGCCAUCGACCCAAGCCCACGUGCAUCUGAACAGGUGCUGCAGCAGUUUGUCAUGGCGUCAUGACAAAAAUUACCGGGCAAACACGCCUAGACAAUAAUAAGUUUGCAGUCACUUACGUUCAUAGCAUCCUUACCAGUAGAUUCACCACAAGGAGGUCCACAGCAAUAAUAGCUUAUUUCUAAAGCCGCAUAAUCGCGUGAUACUUUGGUAAUGGUCAGACUUACCCACCGUACAGCCAACUCGACAUAUUUGACAAAACAGGUGGUAGCUUUCUGGCGUUGGGAUGAGGGUAAUCUUUGGCCGAGAAAAAAUUUGCUAAACCUGUAACGUUAUAGUAAUCUCCAGACUAAGUGGAUACCAACAUUUUGCUCCAAUAUGACGUGCUGCGAUAAUUUGUCCACACAUUUUGUGAUGUGCUUUGUUGCUAUAUUCCAAAUGCUUAUUACAAGCUAAUAAUUUAUCGUGAUAAAACAAGUUACUAAAAUUUUCCAGUAAGACUUAUUAUAAGUAUAUUAUAAGUGAUCUUAUUAUCGCAUAUGCAUUUUGAACAUAGCUGUCUGAGGUUAAUUUUCUACAUUUUUUAUAAAGCUCGUACAAUAAUUUCUUAUCAAUUUUCACACGCUUUUAUUAUAACAUUUAUACAAAUAAUGUUACAGUACCAUAGUUUUGGGUUUGUCUCAUGAAUAAAGUAAGGUAUCUCUUGAGUUACGUCAAUCAGUUUUGUUCAUAUAUGAUUUGGAAUACUAUCACAUUGAAAAGGCUGGUUUAUCGUCACUAUCCUGAUUAAUAUCUGUUUACAAACUAGAACUAAGGUUUGGUUCUUUUCUUCCUCGACCUUAAACCCGGCACAGCCAGGUGGAGAAUGUUGCAUCCUUGUAUAUGCCAGCAUUUGUCUUCACGUUGGGGAAUAUUCCAUAUCAAGGAACGAAGCAGUGUGUGUAUGUUCAACGGGCUAUGGCUUGCUUAAUGUCUGGGAUAUGUAUGCCAGUCAUGCUUAUUUGAGUGAAUUUACUUUGGUUAUGCUUGUAGAAAAUUUUAUAAUUUUCUAGCUGAGCGCCUAGGAAAGGAGAAACAAACAGUAUUUAGCAUGACCCGACGAGGGUUUGAUCUCGUGCAAGUCUUCCGACUUCGAGGCGGACGUUCCAACCAUUAGGCCACCGAAGCGGUCUAAGUGACGCAGAGGUGUCAGUUUAUAAACGUAUAAGGAGGUUAUCUACGGUGUAUUAUUUACUUUAUGAUUUUAGACAUUGUCAUAAGCUAAAAAGUGACACAAUAUACGCUACAUAUAUUCUUCA